AUGUUGACUGUAGCUUCUGGAGAAGCUACCUUGGACCGAAGCAACGUUUAUCAGUGGUACAAAACGUUCUCAGAGGGCCGAGAAGAUGUGAACGAUGAACAGCAUGCCGUAUGCAUGAGCACUUCAAGAACAUAUGAAAACAUUGAUGAAGUGAAGAAAAUAGUAUUGGCCAAUCGUCAAAUCAUCGUUAGAGAAGUUGCUGAGGACUUAAACAUAUCGAUUCGCUCAUGCCACUCGAUUUUUACUAAUGAUUUGGGCAUGAGACAGGUCGCCACGAAGUUCGUACCAAAAUUCCUCAAUUUCGACCAAAAACAGCAGUGCAUUACCAUUGGUAAUGAGCUGUUGGACUCUGUCCGUGAUGACAGAAAUUUGCUCCAGAGGGUCAUAACCAGUAAUGAAUCAUGGGCUUAUGGUUAUGACGUAGAAUUCAUAGCUCAAUCAUCCUAA